AUGGUCGGUUUGAAAUACAAGCUGUGCUUGGGGAUCUUGCUCAUGGUGGUGAUGCUCUGGCCGUGCGCUAGUGGUCGUCUGCUGGGAAAGGAAAAGGCCAACCACAAGUACACAAAGGUCCAAGAGGGGGAAGCCUUUGUUCAAGACUACGACAAUGUAGAUGAGAUGGAUGGAGUUAGAAGGUUGGAAACCACAGGAGAGACAUAUACCUACCGGUUCGAUGUUGCUACCACGCUUGUGUUUAGUGGUGACUAUGCCUGGGACGCGACAACUGAGGCCGUUAGGGAUCUGGUGGGGUCGACAGAGGUCUAUCUGAGGCAGUAUUUUGCAACGGAACAUGCAGCUUCUUACUCUAGUGUUGCGGCAUCCUAUGUUGAGCCAUUUGUGUGGGAACCCAAUCUGGGAAGGCUAAGAUUCUUGUUCACAGCGGAAGUAGUAUUCAGGAAGGUUGGGGAUGAAGAUCACCCUUCACCCAGCGAGACGUUGGCAGACGCGACCACUGCCAUGAACUCUGACGACUACAUCAACGGAUAUGUAGUGCUUGCUGAACCUGCUACCUUGUUCAAUUUUGCCAUCGGUGCGACAAGUACAGUCGUGGCGCAGCCAACGCCCAAUCCAACAGCCGCACCGACCAAUAUGCCAUCCUUUGGUCCUUCAAUGAUCCCUUCUGUGAAGCCGUCAUCCCAUCCGAGCAACAGCCCAUCACACGCGCCAAGUCGUUUCCCAUCAAUUUCCCCCAGCUUAUCACCGUCGUUGCGUCCCUCUCGAGCUCCGUCUAACGGUCCUUCGGAUGCAGCGGUUCCAUCCGCGGUGCCUUCUCUGUCACCCUCUGUUUCUUCUGGUUCACCUACAACAGGCCCACUUCCUUCUCUGUUGCCUUCAACUAGACCCACAACUACCCAAUUUCCUUCCACAGGCCCGUCUUUGUCAAUCACUCCCUCGAGUCAGCCUUCCGUGGGCCCUUCGAUCUCGUCUGAUUCACCCAGUGUGGCACCAUCAGUGGCUUCUGACUCACCUAGCGAGGCUCCAUCCUUAUCGAGUUCUCCGACGAGUGCUCCCACAAAGGUUCCCACCAAUGCACCAUCCAAAGAACCUUCAGCUGUUCCGUCCUCGCUGCCCAGUGUCUCAAGCUACCCAUCCGCGUCGCCCUCUGCCACUCCGUCUCUGUUGCCCAGCGUUUCCCCCGCUCCAACAGUGUCAAAGCAUCCUUCUGUCGCCCCUUCUGACCCUCCGUCUCUGUUGCCCAGCGUUUCCCCUGCUCCGACAGUGUCAAGGAGUCCUUCUGGGCCCCCUACUGCCACUCCAUCUUUAGCGCCAAGCAAAUCCCCAUCAGCAUCCCCGUUGUCAACAACGAUUGCACGUGGCGACCAAACGAUCGAAGCGCGAUCGCACCGAUACUGGACACCGGGGGAAGGCGACCAGCGGCGCCUCUUGGUUGAACAGGAACACGACAAUGAUGAGUACGACAAGCAGCAGUUGAAAGGAGGAAUCCGAUCUCUGCAGACCACUGAGCGGAUAAGCUACACUUUCGACGUUGCUUCAGAACUCCAGUUUGGUGGCAACUACACUGAUGAACCCACCUCGGAGACCGUAUCUAACCUGAUUCGACUGAGUGGAAUCUACCUGAAACGCCGAUUUGCUUCUGCCUACGCUGUAUCAUAUUAUGAUGUUUCGGAAAAGGAAACUGGGCCGUUUGUGUGGGAUUCAGAUCUAGGAAAGCUCCAAUACUUCUUUGAAACUAUGGUUGUGUUCCGACAAAGGGGGGACGUCGUUGUGCCAACAUCAAAUCAGACAUUGGACACCAUUGACGAAGCAAUGAAUGCUGAUAUCUACAUCUCUGGAUUUGUAUGGGAUGCGGAACCAAAUACUCUAUUCCCACUUGCCGUUGGAAUCACCAGUGUUGUCUCUUCGCAGACAGCGCCUUCGGUCCCGAUUGUUCCGGCAACAGUGACAUCAUCUUUCAACGCUUCGGAGCCGCCGUCAAUGCUACUCUUGAACACCACUGCACCCACAAUGAGACCUUCCACACCACCAGACAUCACAUGGUCCUGGACCCCAGAGGAUGUAUGGGUGUACAGCGAAAGACAAGACGGAGGCAACUAA